GAGCAAUAUUUUGUGUCACAGUUAUUGUUUAGUUUUUAAUUAUGUGAAUACAACUAAAUACUACUAAAUUCCAAAAAAGAAUGUUCUCCGGUGAGCAGGAUGGCUAAAUUUGACAGAACAAAAUCAUUCAGUAGCACAUACAACGUUACUGCUGACUAAAAGGUUUCUGCAGGUUACUCCCAAACAGACUUCACGAUAGUUUUCCCGAUAAAAAAGAAAUCUAUAAUCAGGAGAACUAAAUAAGCACUAGCUAAACCUAAAUGUUAAUCGGAGAAUGAGACAAUCGUUAUAUGAACAUUACCGACGUUAGCUCCAUCGAAAAAACGAGAAUGCAGAGCUUGUUGAUUUUGUUCUACAGUUUGUUUUUUUCUGUAAUCUGCGUGGCUUUUGCAAAAAAUCAACAGCAGUCCUGCGAUAAAACUAGGAGAGUAUUUAAAGAAGCUUACGGUGAAAUCAGCGAUGGACCCACUGGGUUUAAUUACACACAGGAUUCACACUGCGAAUGGCUGAUUCGUGCCCGGAAUAGUAGUCAGUUUAUUACCCUCACUUUUCGUAGCAUGGGAACAGAAUGCUCGUAUGAUUAUAUUUUCAUUUACGACGGUGAUUCGUUUCGAUCCCCAUUGCUUGGCAGCUUCAGUGGAAAAACUGAACCUCAAAAAGUUGUCGCUUCAUCUGGGAACAUGCUGGUACUCCUGUAUAGCGACACUAAUUACGUAUUAGAGGGUUUUAAAGCGGAGUUCUCUGUGACGAAUUGUCCAAACAAUUGUACCAACCAUGGCAAAUGUGUUGAUCAUGUUUGUGUUUGCUAUGAUAAAUGGAUAGGCAACGAUUGCAGUCAGGAUGCCUGCCCAGAAAAUUGUGGAUCGGAUGAAGGUCGAGGAACAUGCCAAAAUGCGAGAUGCAUUUGCUCAAAUGAAUACUCAGGCCAGUCAUGCAGUCUUCAUAAAAUGAACCCUGCUCCAAAUGAAUGGCACUGGUUGUCUAAUUCAAAAAAUGGCUUGGCCCCGCGGGCAACCCAUACGGCAGUGUAUUAUGCCCCAAAAGACUCAUUGUAUGUUUUCGGUGGCUACAAUCUGAACAAAGUGCUAGGCAGUUUAAAUAUCUACCGAUUUAAUCAGAGCAGAUGGGAGAAUGAAUGGGGUAUUAUACUAGGAAGUGAAGAGCAACAAUCUGUAGAACAAAUGCGUGGUAAAGCAAGACGAGGAAUGCUUUUAUCGGAGGAAGCUAGCGUGAUGCUGGGGCUCAAACGGGAACCAAAUUUCUUCAAUAACUUCAUUUACUCUCUAGCAGACAAUAGAACCGGCCCCUUUAGAGCAGUAUAUGGCAACAGUUCGAGGCCUUUGGGAAGAUAUGGACACGCAGCGUGUGUCGUUGAAGAUGGUUUCGUGAUUUUUGGUGGUAAACUUUCCAGUGGUCAAUUGUCCAAUGAUUUAUGGCUAUAUAAUAUUAGCGAUAAAGGAGGCACAUGGUCUGAAAGAGCAACUAAUUCAACAUUUAAGCCUCCUCCGCUAACUCGUCAUACACUUACUAAAGCUGGUCCCUAUCUAUAUCUAUUUGGAGGAGCAUUAGAAAAUGGAGAGUUUUCCUCUAGGUUAUUCAGAAUCAAAUUAUCCAACAAACCGUCCAUAGAACAGUGGGAAGAAGUAAUUCCCAGAGGAGGAAAAACACUCGAUCUACGAAUUGUAGCACAUACUGUUUCCUUCCAUAAAUACUCGAACUCUUUGAUAGUGUACGGUGGAGUAAUUGCGGGAUUUGCUCGAUUUUCAAAACUAUCAGAUCGCAUGUUCAUGUUUCAAAUAGACCAUUUUCACUGGACAGAGAUAAUGUAUCUUCGCACACCGUUACGAGAUGCAUACAUUCCAAGAGAACGUGCUUUUCACACAACGUCAAUUAUCGGGAACUAUUUAUUAGUGUUUGGAGGAUACUCGCAUAGGCACAAUAAAGAGGAGAUUUGUUACGAUAAUCAAAUGUAUCUGUACCAUCUAGGCUGCCACAAUUGGGUUAAUCCUAACGUCCUAGGAACAAAUAGGAAAUUUCGAUAUCCCAAGCAGCAAGGCGUAUUUGCUCACGCUGCUGCUAUACGGAACGGCAAUACUUUGUUUCUUGUUGGAGGAUACCAUGGAAAUGUCAAUGGUGAUUUGCUUGCCUAUACCCUGCCACCAAUGCUAAUAGUGCAAAACGAUGAUACUUUCGAACCAGAAGCCGCUUGUCCCAAACAUACCUCUCUCAACGAGUGUCUAUCAGACCCGGAAUGUGGUUGGUGUUCAGCUGAUAGUGUUUGCUAUGGAAGAACAAUUGGAGCAAACUGUACGACAAAUUUGCAAACCACGAGAUGCCGCGGUAUAUGUCCAUCAUUAGGUGAUUGUCAUUCUUGUUUAAUUCAUGGGUCCUCAUCUCUUGGUAGUUUUAAAUCAAUUGCAAGCAAAUUAGGACUAGAUCGAUGCACGUGGUGCGUUCAGAAUGCUCGCUGUCAUCAUAAAGAUGACAACUACGGAGUUUGUGGCGAGGACACGCCAUCACAAAAUCCCGGCUGGUGGGGCUCAAAAGGAACAGAGAUUUCAAGCCCUGACCAGUGUACUCAAAUGGACACACGACCAGGGUUGACAUUUCUUAAAUAUUUGGAUCCGGUUAAUUGGUCUAUGCCGGACAUGGUAAUGAUCGUCAAUGCUACAAUGGUAGAUUUCAACAUUCCAUCGACAACCACUCAUGCAGAACAAUCCCUCAACGGACAGGUUGUUGCUAGACUUCUUGGAUUUAUUCGUCCCCCUGCAAUAUGGGAGGGAGCCGGCGAGCGGUUGAGGGCAUGUGCUAGUUAUUCACAGGCUGUAUUGCGAAUGGCGUUGACAAACAGACCUCAUCAUGAUCCCAAGAAAAAAAUGAUCCCAGUGGUGACAGUCAACAUUACCGCCAGCCAAACCGUAUGUGAAAUGGCUCAAUGGAGAAGUUUGGAACCGUGGUUUCGAGUUAUGGUUGAUUUCCAAGCGAAACGUAAUGUAAACGUUGGAAUCCAGAGCCAUCAUCAGCAGGUUAGCAAAAUGGGUUUACAGCAUAGUGUGGUUGGUCAGGAAAAUGCGAAAACAUUUACGUUUGAGUACUUAGAGCCAUAUUCGAAUGGUUCUUGCAGCCUAUACACCAAUUGUUUGCACUGUUUAUCGGAUUCAUUGUGUGGUUGGUGCGAAAUGACAAAUUUAUGUAUCUCACGGCAGGAAAAAGAAUCGGUGAUGUGUCGGAAAGGAAAUCACUGGCGUUAUUUGACGGUUCAACCAGCACAAUGUUCUAAUUGCUCUAAUUACAUAUCAUGUGAGCAGUGCAUAAAUACUGGUCAGUGUGAAUGGUGGGCCGAGGAUGCACGCUGUUCGCGCAAGGGUCGCUCAGCCACAGCAGUGGUUGACCUCAGUCAGUGUCCGAUACCUUGCUAUCUACGUACUAAUUGCUCUUCUUGUCUAAACGAUCGAGGCCGUUGUGUUUGGUGCGAAGCUACAAGCCAGUGUUUUAGCUUCUCCGUGUACACAUCGGAGUACCAGUUUGGACUUUGUCGCGAAUGGUUGGAUCAAACAAUGCCAAUUGGAAUAACAAGUCAAACACAAGAAAGCUCAAGUGGCGUUCAACUGCAGCAACAGUGUAAAUCCUGCGCCAGUCACUUGAAUUGUUCCCACUGUUUACGGUCUCUCAGUUGUGGCUGGUGCUACGUGACCGAUAAUCCAAUAGAAGGCGUCUGCAUGCAAGGCGAUUUUAACCAAUCGGCAUUAGAUUGCAAUGUGGCGUUGAAUGUUACAGCCAAUAACGCUCAAUGGUCUUACGCACAAUGCCCUGAUGUGGAUGAAUGUGAACUAGGUUUACAUGACUGUCACGAACAGGCAGAAUGCACUAACACUCACGGCUCGUAUAGCUGUCGUUGCAGAAAAGGUUUCCUAGGUGAUGGAGUGAGAAAUUGUGUUCAAACUUGUUACGAGACGUGUAUUCAUGGUUACUGCUCCGGUGGACCGGAAUACAAGUGCCAAUGUGAUCUUGGUUGGACAGGAGUUGAUUGUAGCCAGAAUUGUGAAUGCAACAAUCAUUCGACGUGUCUACAAGGUGUGGGAAAAUGUGACAAAUGUAUGAAUUGGACUGAAGGGUUGUAUUGUGAGCGAUGCAGCUCAGGAAGCUACGGAAACGCUACAUCUGAAACGGGAUGUCAGCCUUGUGAUUGCAACGGUCAUGGAAACAAAGCGUUGGGGGUUUGUGAUUCUUUAACUGGAGAAUGUUACUGUCAAGACAACACAGAAGGAUUGAAAUGUGAAGUGUGCAAUCGAAACUUUUACGGCGAUCCUAGGGCUGGUGGCCAAUGCUACUAUCAAUGCGAAGCUCGUGGAGUAUUGACACAGGUUGGAACGCAAGGAAUCGGUUCCUAUCAGUCACAUCGUUCAGCUUGGGGAGGCACGGAGGUUCGGGAAUGUCUCUGGAUUGUUAGUCCCUAUGUCAAACAUGGUGUUGACUUGAAAAAUGCCAUCAUUCAGUUUGAAAUUGAACCGCAUGAAAUGAAUGUUACCUGCGGGCAGAAUGCUGUAUAUGUGUACGACGGUUUGCCUGACUUAACCGGAGUUACACAACAGAAGCACUUACUAGCAGUAUUUUGUAGUGAAGAUCGUAGUCCGUGGCUUGCUGAAGCACGAUCUGGGCAUCUUACAAUACAUUACAAACAGGGAGGACACGGACAGGGAUUCAAUGCCAUCUACACUGUAAUGAGCUGUACCAUAAACACAUGUAAGCGACCUUACGUAUGCAUUGAUGAUAAAUGCAUUUGCCCUAAAGGAUUUGCAGGUCCACGGUGUGCGUUAAAAAUAUGCCCUUCCGACUGUAAUGUUGAGCAAAAACAAGGUAUAUGUGACGUUGGUUAUGGGCGUUGUAUUUGCAGUCAAGGAUACGGAGGAACUGACUGUUCACGGCUAACCAAGUUAUCGAACAUAGUGUUUUCAGAGCUUUUCAAUUCUUAUCUUAUUUCGGAAAGCUACGAACAUCUUCGGAAAACAUUACCUCGCUUUGGACAUUCCUUGGUUGCUGAUCGUCGCGGUUCAUUGUGGAUGUUUGGUGGAUAUUCACUGUCACAUGGUCCCUUGAAUGACAUUCGUCAGUUUGACACCAAAAAUAAUACAUGGAUGCAAGUUACUGUUGAUUCUAGUCCGGAUGAUCGAAUGCCGCUUGGGCGUUAUUUUCAUGCUGCUGAAAUUAUUAUUUCCAAACAGGCUAUUUUUAUCUAUGGAGGUCUUUCCCGAAAUAAACAAAAUCAUCAGAUUUUGGACGAUUUUUGGCAGUUUGGCCUUCAAACCCAACGCUGGAGCCUGGUUAACCAAAACGGAGUAAAGCCACCACCGUUAGCAGGACAUUCUAUGACCCUAAUUAAAGAAGCAGACCGAGAAAUAUUAUUGGUUAUUGGUGGGUUUUCUCUAAAUACCGGCAUGAGCAACAAUGUUUGGAUGUUUGAUCUCAGUUCUAAUAGCUGGUCAAAACUGGCGACAUCCGGAGCAAAACCUGAUAGCAUAUUUGGUCACAGCACGGUUUGUCACCCUUCCUCACAGAUAUUGUAUCUUUUCGGAGGAAUCGUAGCGUUCGAUGGUAAAUCGAAAAUAUCUAAUAAACUGUACGCGUUCGAUUUUAAGAAUCUUAAAUGGACCGAACUGCCAGCUUUCAUCAACCGGCCAUCUGAUCAUCUUCCACAGGCACGAUAUUUGCAUUCGGCGGUAACCACGGACAGUUACAUGCUCAUAUUUGGUGGUAGAACGAACCCGGAUAGUAUCAGUGAUCCUAUGCUAGCGUACGUGUAUAAAUGUAACCAAUGGGUUCGGUUAAAUGGUGAUAUUGAAAUAAUCGGAAGCGGCUUUGGACAAACUUACGCUCUUGCCAUGACCCAGGAUCCUGAAUCGGAAGAAUUCUAUGCGGUUGGUGGAUGGGACGGUAGUAGUUACAUUCGUGUUACGAAAAUAAAUCUUCCGCAAGACCUAUGCGAUUUAUGGAGCAGCUCAAAGUAUAUCUGCAGACAGUACAUGGGUUGCAGUUUCUGUGCUGUUAAGACGGUGGACCAAUAUAUAUCACACUGUUAUUCUGUCGGUAGCUCGGAGGUAUGUGACGCACAAAAUGGUACAUUAUCGUUUAACAAUGGAGCGCCAUGUAAUGAUGAGUGGAUUUCGAAAAGAAACUGCUCUUUAUUCGAUAGCUGCACGGCUUGUUUGGCAUCGUAUCCUUCACAUGCUGAACAACAACCUGUUUGCGGAUGGUGUCAAGAUUGUGGAGCACGAGGAAAAUGCCUUCCCAAUAACUCUGAUUGCGAUUCUAAGGCAAAAUGCUCUUCAAAUCAAACUAUGAUCAUAAGUUUGGAUAGUUGCCCAACUGUCAGCGGUUGUGUGGCUUCAGAUUGCGAAAGUUGCCAUUCAAUACCAAAUUGUUCUUGGACGUUCAACGGCAAGUAUUCCCAGUGCCAACUAAGAAACGAAACCGAUAGCAAUAAAAAACCACCCGCAUGUCGACCUGACUGUCAUACAUAUACAUCCUGCAGCAGCUGUUUGAAUCAGUCUUUAAGUGAAAAUGAUAGGACGGACUGCCGUUGGUCAACUCAACUGAACGAAUGUAUAUCCUCUCGAUAUCAACCCCUUUAUUGUGCCGGAAGUAUUUGCGGUUUAGUUUUGGAACCAAUGGAUGCGGAUAAAUGCCCAGAACAAUGUGGUUCUUUUCUUCAAUGUGCCACUUGCUUGCGACAUGCACAUUGUGGGUGGUGUUCACGAAAUGGAACCGAAGGAGAUGGUGUCUGCACCGAAGGAUCCUUAGAUAGCCCAAUCGAUUAUCCAGCUGCAUCUACCUGCGAUGUGAUUUAUAUGGUAAAAAACAAAUUGACACAUGUAGAACCAGGUGAUCGUUUUACUUGGAACUAUGUCAAAUGUCCUCCGGAGAAUGAAUGUGCCAACAGCCAUCACAAUUGUAAUGUCAAAUCCGAACGUUGCGUGGAUCUUCUGCAUGGAUAUGAAUGCCAAUGCGCUGAAGGAUACCGCCCUGAUCCAACAGGAGUCUGUGUUCCGGUUUGCAGACAGGGCUGCGUGCGAGGGUCUUGCGUUGAACCUGAUAAAUGUGAGUGUGACUUUGGUUAUGUUGGAGCAAACUGUAGCAUUCAGUGCCAGUGCAAUGGUCAUUCCAAGUGUGCGGGACCGGACCAGCUCGAUAAAUGUUUGCAUUGUCACAACAACACACUAGGCGAUCAAUGUGAAAAGUGUAUGCCCUUCUAUGUUCGUGAUCCACGCAACAAUGGUGAAUGUAUUCCUUGUUCCGAGUACUGCUACGGCCAUACUGACCUGUGUGUAGCAAAGGACAUGGAACCUCUUGUACGCAAUAUGAGCCGAGCCGAAUUAGCAAAGUUCUUAAAGGAAGGACCCCAAACAACGGCUCUGUGUUUGCGCUGUGAAAAUAAUACGGACGGCGAUCGCUGCGACACUUGCAUAUCAGGUUUCUUCCGCGGUGCCACAAUUGCGAGUGAUCCGUGCAGGCCUUGUCAAUGCCACGGUCACGGAGAUGUCUGCGAUCCGGUGACGGGCGAAAAAUGUAACUGCGGCAAUAAUACGGAGAGUGACAACACUUGCUCGGCAAAGGGUAAAAAUUUAGCGUAUAGUUGCUGGUCGAUGCAAUGCACAAAAUGCAAGGAUUCAUACUCAGGGCAUCCGUCCAAUGGCCAUCAAUGUUACAAGCAUAUCACCGUCGAUACGAGAAUGUGCUUUGAUGCGAAAACUAUAGAUGAAUGUAAAAUUAAACCGCAGCCUUUAAAACCCGGUCAAACAGUUUUCUUUGUUAUACAGCCACGUUAUAUGAAUGUCGAUAUUAGGUUUAUGGUGGACGUAACACAAGGGGAACUGGAUUUUUACAUGAGUCCCAACGAUGAAUCGUUUGUUGUUCAGGCAAAUACCAGUUCCGGACAUCACGACAUUUUUCUGGAUAAUCGAUAUUUCUGGCAUCAUGACAUCAUCGAUGUGAGUGCGGUUGAUAGCUUGAACAUAUUUCCUCUCAAUAUAAACGGGAAUUACUCAGACAUAAACAUAGAUCAACCAAUACAAAUGGGAUCUACUUCUGCUUCUCAAUGUAAAAUGGAUACGGAGAAGUAUUUUUACGUCAAGGAUAAAUUAGCAAAAGAUUUAAUCACCUAUGUUACGUUACAACAAUGCAACACUUUAUUGCGAGUGUUUGGAUUGAAGAAUCGUUUAGUAGUGACAUUGCCGCACACGAUUCAUUCCUUAGGACAGACCAAAUUCUACAUAGCAUUACGGUCUCGUGUCGGAACGACAGCAAGUUAUGGUCUAGUGUUUUUCCGUCAGGACCAACUUCACAUUCAUUUGUUUGUGUUUUUUUCGGUGUUUUUCUCUUGUUUUUUCCUUUUUCUCGCAAUAUGCGUUCUGGCUUGGAAGGCAAAGCAAGCGGCCGAUAUGCGACGGGCUCGUAGGCGACACGUAGUCGAAAUGUUGCAUAUGGCUAAACGUCCGUUUGGCCGAAUCAAUCUUUCAUUGGAAAGUCCUAGUGAAACACCGGCCAGCCACCGUAGACGCGGUCGUAGUAAAAACUCACCUCACAUCCAGCAAGAUAUCGCACCCGUUGCGUUGGAACCGACGGUGGAUAACGUAGCCGCCGUCGGAACCGUCUUCGUGCGUCUUCCAGGCAAGCACAAAUCCCAAGUAACAUUAGCGCUAGCAUCGUCACUUGUGGUACUCUCGCGAAAUCAUGUUACUUAUAACCGAGCAUUUCAUCGGCGUAGAGGCUCGUCGCAUCAUCAAGCUCAAAACCUACUACAGCAGCUACAACCUUUACAAGCACCACAACAGCUGGUACCACCUAUGUUUAUCGAUGUACCCCAGGAACAAGUUCCAUUACAACCACUCGCGUUGAAUAGGGUGCAAUAAUUAUGUUGUUGACCGAAAAGUGCUUAUGUAACAAAGUUAAAACUAUGUUCAGACAACUAGGAAAUAUGGAAAUUGACAAUUCUGCCACAUUUUAAAUUAAUUAAUAAUCUAACUAGCAUGACUAAAAGUUUAUGCUUCACGAAGGAAUUGGGGUAAAUUAAAAUUUAAAUUUGGUAUAACUCGAACGUAAUAUAAUCACUAUUAGCCUGCUCGGUUUAGACUUUCCUCGAGAGCUUAGUUUUGACUUUGUUGACUUGCAAUUUGCCAGAUAUCCAACACUAUGCAGUAUAUUAACGAGCUGUGAUUUAUUUUGAUCAAUUUAUAUUUUUUAACACUUGUGCUAGUCCUGACUACUGUUGCAUGUAACAUAAAGCACAAGACGAUCAAAAGAGGUAUACUUAAUUUUUACUCGAAAAAUGAACACAUUUGGGUGUUUGAUCGCUGAUAUGCUCAAUUAUUCGUUUGUAGAAUAAGUGAUUGACAUCUUGCAAUCAAAGACAAUUAUUUAUAGAGAAUUUUUUAUUAUGCAGUUACAUUUGAGUGUGUAAGAUCAAUGAUCUCGAAAGAUAUAAAUUAUGUAAAUAAGACAAGAAGGAAAAUAGGUGGAGUGCAAUUUGAAUUAUUAAAAAUAACUGUAUUCUACACCAGAAAGGUGUACUGUAAAACAAAUUUAUGGUGAGCAUGUUGACGGCUGUUCACACUUAUUCUUUUAUUAUAAAAUAAUGUGUUUGAAAACUUUUCACAAACAUUCACGAACACUUAUUUUUGGGUUACCCGGUUUUAGUAGUAAGAUGUUGCGAAAGUUUUUGCACUCUGACAUUCAAAAAUGUACAAUCAAAUUAAUAUUUUCCUGUGUUCGGAACCUAAGCGUAUAGAUUGUGACAAAGUUUGGUGGCAUUCCGGAAAGCAUUUGGUUCAUUUCAACAGCGAUAAUAGAUUACAAAGCCAAGCUUUAUUGAUUCUAUUUUAAGUUUCCGAUUAGUGUGAUUAUUAUACGUAUAUCCAUUCUACCUAGAAGUAACAUGAAGACUUCUGCUGUAAAGUUAUAGAAUUGUUAUAAUGUUUGCAUUACACUGAUGAUUUACAUUACUUGGUUUCAAUAAUUUAUUGGUAUUUUAAUAAAUAUUCAUUCUGAUAUUAUGUAACCAAUAACGAAUCUCACCAAUAUAAAUCAAACGUAUAAUACGGUCGAACAAUAUUUCAAUUCGAGCCUCCUGUUUAUUUCUAAGUAGAAAGGAUUCAGAAACUAAAUUAAUUCUAAAGAGUUGAUGGAAUUAUAAAAAAAAAUCAUGUUUGUCACUUUAUCAAUUAUGUAUAAUUUUAUUAAAAACUAGUUUGU